AUGUACUCCAGCAAGUCAUACACGUCGACUGCCACCAUGUCUGCUUCGUCAUACAGCAGUCAAGCAGGCACCUGGCAAGAGCGACUUGAAGACGCUUGCCGCGAAGCCAACAUAAUGCCACCCGUCUUCCAGAUCGUUUCUGACCGCCGUGGCGGCCGCACCGCUUGGUCCAGUCGAGUAACUGUCCACGGCCGUACCCUCUCCGCACGAUUCUGGUACGACGGCAAGAACCUCAAUAACGCGAAAGAAGACGCCGCCGAAAUGGCUCUCAACUACCUUACCGGUUCGAAUCCCAGCUCGCCAGCCAACAGCAGAGGCAGCUACUAA